AGGCGGUGGAGGACUCUGGGCGGACCACAGCGUCCUGUUCCAAACCCUCCUCUGGCAUGAUCGACCCAAAGCUGCUCCUGAUUAAACGCGGAGACACUCCUCUCCUGAAACAACCCCCGUGCUUUUUGGUGGAGGUGUCCAGUCAUCAGAGCACCCCCGCGCUGGCCAGCCUGUCCAACCGUGGGGCAGACACAGCUUCUGUAGAGUGCCUUCCCAAAACACAGCUGAUCAGCAGUGGAUCCACUGUGGCUCCUGCACCUGCCGGCGUCCAGCCUGCCGUCAACACACCGUACCAUCUUCCUUUGCCACCGCUACGUCCCCUCACACCUACGCAAAGCAAAUCUGACAGAGCGGCCUUAACCGAGACAAAAACUCCCAUGCUGAAAUCGGAACCUCAAUCGAAACAUCUCACCCCAGAUGUCUCCACACCUUCCAAGCCCUUCUACGCCCCUAAGCUUCCCUCAACAACGGGUGCUUUAAAGAGUAACACUUGCAGGUCCUCCAGUGAUGAAAACCUGUCAGAAUCCCCUUCUCUCGGCCAGCCCUGCCUGUAUACAGGCUCUCCGAGUAUGGAUGAGAGUAUGGAAUUUGAGCAUGGGAGUUCACCUGGAGCAGACGUCCAGCAGAGGCCCCCGGGCCAGCUCUGCAGCCCCAAAGAGGAGAGCAGCGAGGGAGAAGCAGAACCAGAGCCUGCGUCCACCUCGGAGGGCAAGAUCACGGGCAGGAUGGCAAUCUCCAGCCCAGCACAGAACAAGGUGCGCCAGUGGAUAGCAGACAGGGUCUCACCAGGGGACUCUCCCAUCUCCCCUUCAACCUCCUCUCUCUCCCCGGGCCCCUCCUCCUCCAGUGACUGGAGCCACAUCUCCAGGAGGACUUCUCCUCUCCGAGGUCCCCAUGGCAAGUUCCUCUCCCCCCCCUCCCUGGGCCCAGGUGGGGCCUCCCCGUCAGACCAGGCCACCCCUCAUCGAGCCCGCUACGAGAGGCACACGGACAUGGCAGAGCAGGCUAAGCACGAAGCAGAGAUCGAGCAUCGCAGCCUUUCGUUAAAGCGGGAGGGAUCCUGGUCUACGAAGCGCCUGACUCGUCUAACCGAGCCGGUUCGACCCAAAGUCCACUGGGACUACCUGUGUGAAGAGAUGCAGUGGCUCUCUGCCGACUUUGCCCAAGAAAGGCGUUGGAAGAGAGGGGUGGCUAGAAAGGUUGUGCGCAUGGUGAUGCGAUACCACGAGGACCUGAGACAGAAGGAGGAGAAAGCAAAGAGGGAUGAACACGCCAAGAUCAGGAGAGUUGCCUCCAACAUAGCCAAGGAGGUCCGAGCCUUCUGGAGCAGCGUAGAGAAGGUGGUGCAGUACAAGCAGCAGUCCCGACUGGAGGAGAAAAGGAAGAAGGCUUUGGAUCUCCAGCUGGACUUCAUCGUGGGCCAGACUGAGAAAUACUCGGACCUCCUGAGUCAGUCUCUGGCCCCUGCCGUGGCCUCUCCCAAGAAACCUCUCCAGUCUGCUCUAGAAGAAGACGACAGAGACUUUGAGCCCCCCUGUGAGGAGGAGGAUGACGAGGAGACCAUCGAUGUGGAGGAGCAGCAGGAGGGCAACGAUGCCGAGUCCCAGAGGAGGGAGAUCGAGCUGCUGAAAGAGGAGGGCGCUCUGCCCCUGGACCAGCUCCUCAGCACCCUCGCACGCCCACAGAACUCCGGGUCCGAGGAGGAAUGCUCCGACGCCUCUUCCUCGACUGUGGAGGAGGAAGACAAGGAGUUCACUGCCAAUGAAGACGAUGCCGAGGAUGAGGAGGACACCAUAGCGGCCCAGGAGGUGGUGGAGGGGGCUGGAGACCACGCAGAGGAGCUGGACGACUUGGCCAAAGAAGGUGACAUGAGCAUGGACGAGCUUCUGGAGAAAUACAAAGGCGCGUAUGCCUCCGACUUUGAGGAACCCUCCGCGUCCGGCUCUCGCACCAGCUCUGACGAGUCUGAGAUCUCGGGGGAGGAGGAAGAGGAGACCGAGGAAGAUGAAAGCGACGUGGAAAGCAACACUUCCUCCUCAGAAUCGCCAGAGGAGAGCGAGGAGGAAGUGGAGAGCGAGAAUGAAGAGGACAGCGAUGAGGAGGAGGAGGACGACGAUGAAGAUGAUGAAGAUGAUGACGAGUGUGGAGAAGGGAUGGAGGUCCUGCUGAAGGAGGGCGACCACAGCCCUCCCAUGUCCUCCGGCCAACGGCCCAAGAAGGAGAUCAGCCACAUUGCUGCCACGGCAGAGAGCCUGCAGCCAAAGGGCUACACUCUGGCCACCACUAAGGUCAAGACUCCGAUUCCGUUUCUCUUACAUGGCACGCUGCGUGAGUACCAGCACAUCGGACUGGACUGGCUGGUCACCAUGUACGAGAAGAAGCUCAACGGCAUCCUGGCCGACGAGAUGGGUCUGGGGAAGACCAUCCAGACCAUCGCCCUGCUAGCUCACCUGGCCUGUGAGAAGGGUAACUGGGGUCCUCACCUGAUCAUCGUGCCCACCAGCGUCAUGCUGAACUGGGAGAUGGAGCUGAAGCGCUGGUGCCCUGGGUUCAAAAUCCUCACGUACUACGGCAGUCAGAAGGAGAGGAAACUCAAGAGACAGGGAUGGACCAAACCUAACGCGUUUCACGUCUGUAUCACGUCGUACAAGCUGGUGCUGCAGGAUCACCAAGCCUUCAGACGCAAGUCCUGGAGAUACCUCAUCCUGGACGAGGCACAGAAUAUCAAAAACUUCAAAUCCCAGCGCUGGCAGAGCCUGCUCAACUUCAACAGUCACAGACGCCUCCUGCUGACCGGCACUCCCCUGCAGAACAGCCUGAUGGAGCUGUGGUCCCUCAUGCACUUCCUCAUGCCCCACGUCUUCCAGUCCCACCGGGAGUUCAAGGAGUGGUUCUCCAACCCCCUGACGGGCAUGAUCGAGGGCAGCCAGGAGUACAACGAGGGCCUAGUGAAGAGGCUCCACAAGGUGCUCAGGCCCUUCCUCCUCAGGAGGAUCAAGGCGGACGUGGAGAAGCAGAUGCCCAAGAAGUACGAGCACGUGGUGCGCUGCCGCCUGUCCAAGAGGCAGCGCUUCCUCUAUGACGACUUCAUGGCGCAGGCAUCGACCAGGGAAACGCUGGCCAGCGGACACUUCAUGUCUGUGAUCAACAUUCUGAUGCAGCUUCGUAAAGUGUGCAACCAUCCCAACCUGUUUGACCCCCGGCCAAUCCAGUCGCCCUUCAUCACUCAGCCCAUUGUCUUCCACACGGCCUCCCUCGUGCACGAAGCCCUGGAGAUCCCCCCCUUCAAGAGGUGUGACCUGUCCAUGUUUGACCUGGUGGGUCUGGAGGGCCACGUGUCACGUUACCAGGCCGACGUGUUCCUGCCCAGCAGGAAAGUCAGCCGUCAGCUGAUCCAGGAGGUCAUGGAGUCACCUGACCCUCCUCCACGACCCAGACCGGUUCGCAUGAAGGUCAACCGGAUGUUCCAGCCUUUGCCCAAGACUGACGGCCGCACAGUCCUGCUGAUGAACAACCCCCGGCCCACCUGCCCAGUCACCCCGGCCAGUCAGACUCCUCGACCCCCGCUGAUCACAGACAUAACACCCGCCCCGGCACCGCCUGUCCAACAAGUGGUGUGUUCAGUGGCACCCUCCGCCUCGCCCCGGCUAGCCCUGCACCUCAGCGCUCCCACGGCGAUGGGGACCGCGGUGAGGUCCGGCGCACCCAAGUCUGUGCUCACGGUGCGGCCCCCUUCCUGCCCCCCGGGGGUCCAGGCCACCCCUCCGCCCAGCAACAUCAUGCCACAGCGGGUCCUGCUCAGCCCCGACAUGCAGGCCAGGCUGCCCUCUGGGGAGGUAGUGAGUAUCGCUCAACUGGCCUCCUUGGCAGGGCGGCCCGUGUCGUCCUGUCAGGGCAGCAAACCCGUGACCUUCCAGCUGCAGGGCAACAAACUCACCCUGUCUGGAGCCCAGCUCCACCAGGUCCCCGUGGCCCCCCCUCGCCCCGUUCAAGGUAAUGUGAUGCAUCUGGUGUCCAGUGGGGGGCAGCACCACCUGAUCAGUCAGCCCGCCCAGGUGGCUGUGUUCAGCACACCCAACACCCACGCUGCCGGCGGCAACCCUGCCAACCCAGUCCCCGCUGGGAUGCAGCUUCCUCACAAUGCUUCUCCAGUGCCCCCGUCUGGGAUUGUGAAGAUCGUGGUGCGGCAGUCAACAGGGAAGGAGGGAGGGGGGUGUGUGCCCACUUUGGCGGUGCCCCCUUGCCCUCGGAUCGCUCCCCUGGCCUCUCCCUCAGUGCACCACCACACCAUCCCCUCCCCGAGGGCCCCCACUCCCCUGCAGCCUCCCCAGCCCCUCCCUCCUGGGCCAGUCACCGCAGAGUACACUGCAGCGCCCCCCCGGAUCCCCCCCGCCACAGGAGCUCACCACUCCGCCCCUCGCCCGGUCCUGAGGGUGGUGCAGGGGCCUGCGCUAGCACCCCCACCUGCACCACAGCCAAGCACAGAACACACAGCUCCUCGUGUAAAUGAUUCGUCUUCAUCAGCGCGGGAGGAUGGUAGUUCUCGCCCGGGCCCUCCUAAGUCAGGGUCCCACGUUGGUGGGAUUGUCCAUCCUCGGGUCCGGGCCCCUCGCCCACCCCCCCGUUCUCCUUUCUACAUGUCCUGGUUAGACGACCAGCAGAAGAAGCAGUGCGACAGCCGACUCGAGCACAUCUUUCGGGUGAACGAGCUGCACUGUAACGCCAAGCCCGUGUACGGCUACGAGGUGCUGAACUUCCUCACGUUCCUCCCCGGCCCCUGCCCCUCCCCCACGCCCCCGGCCCAGGGAGAGUGGGGGCGCUCCGGCCACGCCAGCUGCCUGUUCGCCCAGUCCCACAGCCCUCAGGACUACUGGUUCCUGAGCCGGGCCCUGCGGGAGGCCAUCCACACCACCCAGGAUAGGCUGGGUCUACUCAGUAACAUCAUAGACAGGUUUACGUUUGUCAUUCCACCCGUAGAAGCUCCUCCUAUCUCCAUGCACUCCUGCCACCCUCCUCCGUCUCUGAGCCACAAACGGGCUGUCUUCAACUCCACGCUGGCCUCCCAGGUGGCUCCGCUCUCACACAACCUGCACCGCAUCCAGUGCAACAUGAGGACCCACUUCCCUGACCUGAGGCUCAUCCAGUACGACUGUGGAAAGCUGCAGACGCUCCACACCCUGCUGCGCAGGCUGAAGGCGGGCAGUCACCGCGUCCUCAUCUUCACCCAGAUGACCCGCAUGCUGGACGUGCUGGAGCAGUUCCUCAACUACCACGGCCACAUCUACCUCCGCCUGGACGGCAGCACCCGCGUGGAGAUGAGACAGUCCCUGAUGGAGCGCUUCAACGCAGACCGCCGCAUCUUCUGCUUCAUCCUGUCCACCCGCAGCGGCGGCGUGGGCGUCAACCUGACCGGCGCCGACACGGUGGUGUUCUACGACAGCGACUGGAACCCCACCAUGGACGCCCAGGCCCAGGACCGCUGCCACCGCAUCGGACAAACCCGGGACGUCCACAUCUACAGGCUGAUCAGCGAACGCACUGUGGAGGAGAACAUCCUUAAGAAAGCCAACCAGAAGAGGAUGCUGGGAGACAUGGCCAUAGAAGGAGGCAAUUUCACCACCGCCUUCUUCAAAGAGCAAACCAUCCGGGAGCUGUUCGACGUGACGGAGGGGGAGAAGAAGGAGGUAACUGUGGAGCUGUCUGUCCCCCAGCCGGAGGAUGAGGAGGCAGUCAACAAACAGAGCACCACCAUCCUGGAGCAGGCCCUGUGUCGUGCGGAGGACGAGGAGGACAUCGUGGCCGCUUCACAAGCCAAGGCUGAGCAGGUGGCCGAGCUGGCAGAGUUCAACGAGAACAUCCCACUGGACGAUGGAGGGGAAGGAAGAGACCCAGAGGAGGAGGAGCUCUCCAAAGCAGAGCAGGAGAUAGCUGCCCUGGUGGAGCAGCUCACCCCUAUAGAGCGCUAUGCCAUGAACUUCCUGGAAGCUUCACUGGAGGAUGUGUGUAAAGAGGAGCUGAAGCAAGCUGAGGAGCAAGUGGAGGCUGCCAGGAAAGGUCUGGACCAGGCCAAGGAGGAGGGCUUGAGGCUGCACGCCUCCUCUGACGACGACGACGACGACUUCUCAGCGCUGCAGGCCUCCGAGGAGUCCUCCCAUGCCACGUCCGGCCGCCGCACGCGCAAACACAAGGAGAAGGGGGCCCCGUCCACCAGGACCAGUGGCCGGCUCCGAGGGGCCACGGCCUCCCCCGAACCGGAGCCUGAGCCCCCCUCCGCCCAGCCCCCGAGAGAAGUGCCUGAGAAACCCCGCUCUGCUGCGAGAGGCCGAGGGGGGGCCAGGGACCCCUCCACCACCACGGCCCGCUCGGACCAGCCCAGGGCCCAGGGCUCCUCCUCCAGGCUCCAGGCAUCCCCGACCUCCCCCUCCAGAGACCAGGCCCUCAAAUCAAGGGCAGGGACGUCAUCGCCCCACCGACUUCUCUCAGUGCCUUCCACUGCCACCUCGUGUCCUGUGGACCACCAGCUGUACUCCGCCCAGGCCAGGGACUACGACAGCCCGGACCUGGACUCCCUGUGUCCCCCCUCGGGGAGGUCUCCUCGCAAGCGCCAGUCUGCAGACGGGGAGGUGCUGCGCAGCCUGCCUGAGGACUCCCCGUCCGCUAAAGUCCUGCGGAAGCUUCCGGGCCGCCUGGUCACUGUGGUGGAGGACAAGGAGCCCAGGAAGAGGAGGAGGAGAGGGAGCGGGACGGGAGGAUGCUCCUCCGAGGAGACGGAGCACGCGGGGGGGUCAGACGACACUCCCCAUUCCCCCGACAAGACUAAAGGGACCCUCUCCAAGUCAUCCUGCCCACCGCCAGACCAAGAACUGCCACCCCCCCAUCCUGUCAGAAGCUACCCCCCUUACUCCCCACCCCACCUCUCUCCUGACAUGCCCGUGCUGAGGAACCUGCCCGUGCGCCGCAGGCUGGAGACCGAGUCUCGUAUGGCUGCCCAGCUGGGAGAGCAGCACGUGGGCCGGGGGAGGGGCGGGGCCUACCCCAGGAAGACAGACCCUCAGCCGGGCAGGGACGGCCCGAGCAGGGAUGGCCCGGCCGACCCGGCUGUUCCUGUCAAACGAAAGCGGGGCAGACCCCCUAAGACUCCCCCCAAGGCUGCAGAGCCCAAGCCGGAGCACGUUCCUCCCCGCCUGCCCGCCGUGCCCCUCCAGGAGAGCAGCCCCCCGAUCUCUCCCAAACGCAAAAGGGGUCGUCCCCGCAAGGACGCAACACCCGUCCCAGAAGCUGUUGCUCCCGGACGGAACUCUGCUAACGCUAAUGCUAACGCUAGGAAAGAGCCUGCGGGGCAGCGGCCCUUCAUUCAGCCUACCUCGCAGGCCGCCUCGCAGGCCGCCUCGCAGGCCGCCUCGCAGGCCGCCUCGCAGGCCGCCUCGCAGGCCGCCUCGCAGGCCGCCUCGCAGGCCGCCUCGCAGCCCGCCUCGCAGCCCGCCUCGCAGCCCGCCUCGCAGGCCUCCAAAGCUGCCAGCGUCAGCCAGGCUUCUCCAUCUGCCACAGCUGAGGAAUCCAAACCGGACACUAAGACUCAUGUCACCGCCCCCUCCCCAGCAUCUACACCUACCCCAUCACAAGUCCCUAGACCAUCCUCUAAUCCAGUCUCUGAAGCGACGUCAAACCCAGCUCCAGUGACUGUCACUACUCUAACCCCACCUGUCGUGUCUGUUUCCAUACCAACCCCGACCGUGGUCUCCGUCCCAUCAACAGGUGCUAUUUCAAAGUCAACCCCACCCACACUUACUGCUUCUACAGUUUGUGCUGCUUCAUCGAAACCAGUUGCAGUCUCCAUCUCAGACCCAGACCCAAACCGCACUCCAUCCAGAGUCCCAACCUCAGAACCUGCCGGUACCUCCACCGCACCCACCACCAGGCUUCCUACACCCUACAUUCCCACAGUGACUCAACCGCAAAUUCAAGUCCAGGCUCCCAAACCCAAGCCAACCCCAUCGCACAGCCCUGCCAAAACUCCUGCACAGGUCCACACUCCAACACCAGUCACAACAUGUACAUCCUCCAGUGUAACCACCUCUGCUCCAGCCCCCAUCACAGUCACCAGGCCAGCACCAGUUGCUAGUGCAGUCACAGUCACCAGGCCAGCACCAGUUGCUAGUGCAGUCACAGUCACCAGGCCAGCACCAGUUGCUAGUGCAGUCACAGUCACCAGGCCAGCACCAGCUGCUAGUGCAGUCACAGUCACCAGGCCAGCACCAGUUGCUAGUGCAGUCACAGUCACCAGGCCAGCACCAGUUGCUAGUGCAGUCACAGUCACCAGGCCAGCACCAGUUGCUAGUGCAGUCACAGUCACCAGGCCAGCACCAGCUGCUAGUGCAGUCACAGUCACCAGGCCAGCACCAGUUGCUAGUGCAGUCACAGUCACCAGGCCAGCACCAGCUGCUAGUGCAGUCACAGUCACCAGGCCAGCACCAGCUGCUAGUGCAGUCACAGUCACCAGGCCAGCACCAGUUGCUAGUGCAGUCACAGUCACCAGGCCAGCACCAGUUGCUAGUGCAGUCACAGUCACCAGGCCAGCACCAGUUGCUAGUGCAGUCACAGUCACCAGGCCAGCACCAGCUGCUAGUGUCUCAACCGCUCUCUCAGCUGUCAAACCAGUUCCGACAUCAGCGCCCGCCGUGGUCACCCAACCAUCCCCUACGCCGCUUGCUGCCAAACCAGCUCUGACGACAGCAGUCACCCCUGCCCCUGCUGCCCCUCUUGCCCCAGCCCCUAACAUGACCCUCCCACCGACACCCUCACUGCCUCCUCCUACAGUUGGCAACCUGGGUGCUGCCCAAGUUCCUACUCCAGCCCCAGCCAUAUCUGUCAAACCCGCCAUCUCAACACCUGCCACCAUCCCUGCAACAGUUCCUGUGAGAACUGUCACAGCUCUUGGUUCAACCUAUACUCCAUCUCCUACCAAGCCAGUCAUGUCUGCUGCAGUCUCUGUUCCACCUGCCUACAUCAUAGACACCACCCCAGCCCUCCCGUCCCCUCCCUCUCUACCCUGUCCUACCCCCUUUCCAGUCCCCAGCUUAACAUCCAAGCAGAUUUCAUCAACCACAGCCCCUGUUCCCACUCCAGCUCAAGUCCCCCCCAAGGUGCCCUCGCCCUCCGCCUGUUCUGCAGCUGGUUCAUGCCCAGAGAGCCAGAAUGUGGGUCCCGUCCCACAGGAGAAUGUACAUAACAGAGACACGGACAGGCUGUCAGACAUGGAGGUGGACACUGUGGAAGAUACAGCAGACAGCAAGGCGUCAGAGGACAGAGGGGAGGUCUGUGACUCUCAACCAAAACAGGGGAAAGCGGAGACCUCCCCCGACGCUAAAGACUCUGUCGCCGACUCCGAAAGAGAGUCAGAGAGUCUUGCUGACUCGGAAAGAAAGUCGACGAGCCUUCAGAAGAAGGAAGCCGAGAGGCAGGAGGCGGUGGAGAAAGUCCCCAGUAAGAAAAGGCCUCUCAGCCGGCAGAGCAGCCAGGAGUCAGUCCGCUCCUCCUCUCCUUCCUCGGUGUGCUCCACAUCCACCCCCACUCCCUCCACCCUCCACAAGAAGACCACGGAGAAGAAGAUGCCUCCCAAGAGGAGACGGGCCGAGGUCAAAGCCGACUCGGAGAAGGGGGAGGGCAACGGAGCGAAGGAGCCCGCCAAUCAGAAGAGACGGUCCAGGUCCUCCUCCUCGUCCUCUGACUCGGACGUUUCUGAAGCCAGGAAGGAGCGUGGCCAGCCCCGCCCAGGCCAGCCCCGCUCAGGCCAGCCGCGUCCGGAGAGGGAGAAGGACAGGGAGAGUCACCGACCGAGGAGGAAGCCUGCCAGGAGCACGGACAGGACUCUGUCCAACAACACCACCUCCACUGGAGGGGAGUCUGGCAGUGAGACAUCCACUCGGGUCACCCGAAAGUCCUUGGGAUCCCAGUCUACUGCGGAUAGCAAACCACAGCCCAAUAGUGUGACCUCUACUCCUCCCCAGCCAGAGGUCCUCGGUAAGAGAUGUUCAGCUCUGAACGCUGCUGCCAAGCUCCUGGCCAUGAGGGGCCGAGUGGACACUCCCGGCCACAACAGCAGGAGAGACUCGGGGGCCAAGCAUGGGACAUCUCCCGCUUCCUCAGGCAAGAGCCAGAAGUCAAAAAGCAAAAGUCUGCCCUCCACCCCUCAGCCUAACUCCUGCAGCAGCAACAACGCCAACAAAGCCAGUGGCAGUAAACAGACGCCCAACCAGACGCAGUCCUGCCGUUCAUCGUCCCGCUCCACACGCCAACGCCCGGGGGCCCUGGUCCCUCCCCUCAAAACGGACAACAAGCGAGGGGGCAAACGGGAGGACAAGGACCGGAAGAAGUACGGGAAGGACGAGGGCGAGGCCGAGACUCGCUCCUCCAGGGGCCACAGCGCCUGCAGCAGCGGCGGCAGCAGCGACGGGGACGGAGGCAGCAGCCGGAGCAGCAGCGACAGCAGCAGCCAGCGCACACACAGCCUGAGCUCCCAGAGCACCGGGCCCAGAGAGCCCCGCUCCCGAGCCGCCUCCUCGGGGAGCGAGCCGGACCGCAGCUCCGAGAGGUCCAGGCGAAGCAGCCGCCGCGGGAAGGACAGGGAAGGCCGGGGGAGGGGGAGCAGGAAGGGGCGGCGCUCGCAGAAGCGAGGGAGGCACUCGCAGGAAGCGAGCACCGGCUCCGGAGAGGGGACCCCAGACAGGGUGCUGCGGAGCGUGGCGGCCCUGGCGGCGGCCCAGGCCCGCACCCCGGCCAGCAACACCCGCUCCUCCUCCACCCAGCACCGUCACAACAAGACAUGAUGGGAGGGCCACAUAACAAGCAGAUAAAGGGGAAGGGAGUAAAGGAUUGUGACUGGAGACAAAUUACGAGCGGGAGGCAGUAAUGGGAUCGGGAGGGGGGGAGGGGAGACGACCUCAAAGGUUUGCCGCUCACGUCGUCACUCUUGACGACGAUGAGAGGGCCUGUGAGUGCUGUACGGGCCGAGACCUCCCUCCCUCUUGGGCCUUCUCCCUCCACUCACAUUAGAACGGGUGUAACCCUCCAGUUCAGUCAUGGCAACCGGGAGAAGGCUCAGAAAUGCCUGGCUGUGGAGAGCAGAUGGUGCAUCGCAGUUCCCUUUCAAAGGUGUUAGUAGUCCUGAAGGUGUACGGUCAUGUGGACAGUAGCCGACUGCACCAUUGGGACGUCUGGACAGGCUGCGAUUGAAUCGUUGUUAGUUUUACACUAUGUACUGUAAUCAUAUACAAAGACUGGAAUACUAAGAGAUGUCUGUUAAAAGAUGGGAUUAGAUUGUGCCCUUAAUACAGAGUUUGGCCUCUGCCAGGGUUAUCAAGAGAAAUCAUUUGUGCAAACAUUCAAGAGGCGUUUGAGUGGUAAGUUGAAGGUUUUAGACAGUUGGGUUCUGGAAAUGUUGUCAGCUGUUCUGACUUGUCUUUUCUAGUCAGUUGAUAAGUUAUGGAUAUUUGAUGGUUUCUUUCAGGGUAUUAGGAAGAGAGCAGAUCUGUAAAUGUGAUCUUUGCUGCACUAUGCUGGAGUUAGUCUUUGCUUGGGCCUCCCUAUCUUGUCAUUUCUUGUCCAUCUGAUCCUUACUUUUAAAUCUAGCCUGCAUUUCUCAUUUGCACAUCUGACACAUGUUGUCCUCAACAUUGGCGUACAUUGUGGUGUAAUAUUUUUUUUAUUUUACAUAAAUUUCAAUCAGUUACUAAGUCCCCGGUACCUCACACAAUGUACCUAAGCUCUCGAUGUCUCUUGAGCUUGUAAUGUCUCUGGAAGUGAAUUGUUCUAUUACUCACUGGCAAUGCAGACCCAGGAGCAGAGCCUUCUUUAUACCACUUACCUUCCCAAAGCCAGUUAUUAAGGUCAAUAUUGUCAUGAAGUCUAUACUAAAAGAAAAUUAACUCAGUUUGAAUAAGUGUGCCUAGUGGGCCAGGUGGUUGGAAUCCCAGUUUGCCUUGUCAAGUAUCUAAAGUAGGGGGUGUGGAAGUAGUUUAUUCCCCCAAAAGGAACCACUUCCUCCUGUGAAUCACAAGGUAAGCACCCCCUAUUCAUCAGUGCUACCCAAUUACAAAUCUUUAUUUUUGACCUCAAUUUGCCAUUUCUCCUUUUUCAUGUAAAGUACUUGGACAAUAUGUGAAUAAAAAUACUGGUACAGUUCCAGAUGGCUCUGUAAAUUAUCAAUUAACUUUUUGAGGACUCUUUGAGGCUAUUUUUGGGCUGGGUGAUGUUUGAUUGGAUGGGUGGUAUAUGGUGAUGGUCUUAUUUUGAUUUCUUUCAUUUGUUACAUUCCUUUGUUCCCUUGUAAUUCCACAUUGUUUUACUUGAAAGAUUAAAGACAAAAUGACCGUUGAAUAAAAGACCAAAAAACUAA